AGGGGGAGAGCCCAGGUAUAGCCAGAGCAAUAGCCUCCGGGCACAGAGGGGGGGGGAGAGCCCAGGUAUAGCCAGAGCAAUAGCCUCCGGGCACAGAGGAGGGGGAGAGCCCAGGUAUAGCCAGAGCAAUAGCCUCCGGGCACAGAGGAGGGAGAGUGGCAGAACACGUGGAAGGUGCCCUCCUCCCCAGCCAGAGCCAAGUCCCCAGCGAGCAGGAGGAGGAGCUAUUGGUCUCUCUGAUCAGGUUUCCACACUUCCUCCGCCAACUUACCCGGACUGUGGCUGGGAUUUAUUCCGGGGGUGCCUCUCUGCCCCAGCGCCCUACCAAUGGCUGGGCACGAAUGGGACUGGUUCCAGCGGGAGGAGCUGAUAGGGCAGAUCAGUGACAUCCGGGUACAAAACCUGCAAGUUGAAAGAGAAAAUGUGCAGAAGAGAACCUUCACUCGAUGGAUAAACCUCCAUUUGGAAAAGCGCAAUCCUCCUAUUGAAGUAAAAGAUUUAUUUGUUGAUAUCCAAGAUGGGAAAAUUCUAAUGUCACUACUGGAGGUCCUGACUGGGCAGAGCUUGCUCCAGGAAUACAAGCCAUCUUCUCAUCGAAUAUUCCGUUUGAAUAAUAUAGCGAAAGCCUUAAAGUUUUUGGAGGACAGCAAUGUAAAACUGGUUAGCAUUGAUGCUGCAGAGAUAGCUGAUGGAAAUCCUUCUUUGGUGCUUGGGCUUAUCUGGAACAUAAUCUUGUUCUUGCAGAUUAAAGAACUCACAGGCAAUCUCAACCGAAUGUCAUCCUCGUCCAGCCUGUCCUCACUGCCCAGCGGGCCUGACUCUGACUCGUCUCACUCCAGCACUCCCAGUACAGAGAAAAGCUUGUCUGUUUCAAUUAAGGAUCAGCGCAAAGCCAUCAAAGCGCUUCUGAACUGGGUUCAGCAAAGGACAAGAAAGUAUGGCGUUGCAGUGCAGGAUUUUGCUAGCAGCUGGAAAAGUGGCCUUGCAUUUUUGGCACUUAUAAAAGCAAUAGACUCCAGGCUUGUGGACAUAAAACAAGCCCUGGUGAAAACUGCAAGGGAGAACCUGGAAGAUGCCUUUAGAAUUGCACAAGAAGAGCUCAGUGUCCCAAGGCUUUUGGAACCAGAAGAUGUAAUGGUUAACUCGCCUGAUGAGCAAUCUAUCAUGACAUAUGUCACCCAAUUUCUGGAACACUUUCCAGAACUUGAUGCAGAAGAUUUUUCUGACCAUUUGGAUUAUCUUCCGUUGGAAUCUACAUUUGUACACUAUAAAGAUGGACCAGCCGAGGAGGAAAGCAAGAUUAUCACUUUGAGUAAAGAACCUGAUGUUCAGGGUGAUAUCCAUUCACCAGCUACUCAUCCAGAGAGAUACCAUUACCCUGAAGAGUUAAUUGCCGAAUAUUUCCAUUCUGAUUCUCAUAGCAAAAUAAAUGAUUGGUCUCAGUCAAGGAGUGAGCAUAACCAGAGCCCAAAAGGGAACAGUACAAAAGAAAUCUACAGUAUUUUAGGACAGGAAGUGAUUCCCUCAGAUCAUUCUGAUUCCUCCAUGGAAAGUCCUGCAGAAGAAUUUGGUGGCAUUGAUGAAACCACUGAAGACAGAGAAACCUUAAUUCAACCAUCCGUGGUCUUUAAUGGAAGUCAUGCUAAAAAUUGUAUUUCUUCAGAUGAAAAUCGCCCCGUUUCUGCCUCUGAUAAACUAUACAAAUCUACCACACAUAGCAACUUAAAAAAAAUAAAUGACAUUGAUCCAUUUUCUUCUAUAGAUGUUUAUACAGCUACUGAUAAGGAACCCACUUCAGUGUCCAAAGAAUCAACUAAUACGUAUUCAGAGACAGUGAAAUCUCUGGAGAAGGGUCCUGUAGAGGGUACAUCAUUCAUUAAUGGCAAUGGUCUCUCUCCUGGGCACAAUGAUAAUGUAGAUGAUGCAUGUAAAUAUAUUCCACAUCAUGCAAAUGCCACAGGAAGUGACCAUGCAAAGCAGUUGACAGUUUUUCAACCAUAUAGAGCAUCUGCUGUCAAAGAAAAGUGCAAAUCCAUAAAUGAAGGACACUCUGUAGAUUCAGUUUCAGACACAAAUGUACAAAUUCUUCCACCAAAAAAAUCAGAUGCUAUUGACACUAUUGACAAUGCAGAUUUACCUCUGAUUUCAGUUAUUCCUCAUAAUCUGUUUUAUUAUCCUCAUUACAGUGUCCCUAUUGCAGAUGUUCUGCAUGCCUUUGCUGAAAACUCCCCAGGUGCACCCAUAAGUAGCAACAUGGCAUCUAGCUUUCCCCAGGAAAAAGAUCAUGAUGUAAUAGAAUCUUAUAAUCAGGACUGCAUGCAGACAUAUAACAAAGAGAUGGCAGAUAAGGAGCUUAACACACAGUUUGUGGAUGAAGCACAAGAUUUUAGCCAUUCUGAUAACCCCCCAGAACUGUUGAAAAGCCCAUGUUUAAGAACAGCAAAUGGCUCUACUCAAAAUCCAGCAUCUCAGACCAAAGAUUCUGUAGUGGAACCAACUCACUCAGACAACACUCAGAUUUCUGAAAUUCAGGAAGGACAAAGAAUGGCAGCAGAUAAAGAUUUUAAAAAUUCUAAGAAGCUUUCUUUCCAAAAGGCAGAGCCUAAAGAAGAUUUUUUGCUAACAGAGGAUAAACUACAUGACACAGCGCUAGAGCGAAAGGGGGAAAGCCAUAACGUUCUUUCGCUCCCUAGUACCUGCAGUGAAAUUGAGAGAGAUACAUCUGUACGUCAUAGGCGAAAAGACUGUGUUCUGGAUACGAAGAAUGUGCUGGAUCCAAACACCAAAAAGAAUAAUGAACAGCAUGAUCAUAUAAGUUUCAAGAAAAUUGCAGACACAUGUCUGGCCGAAAAAGUCACAACUCAGCCAGAAGAUGCACCUUCAUCUGAUUCAUUUGUGAAUAUCUACAUCACCAUUCUACUUUGGCUACUUUUGUACUGCGUAUUGAUUCUUCCUGAGCUGGAUAUGAAAAAAGUUACUUUUUUUGCAAACAAUCAUUAAGACCUCCAGCAGUUGUAUAUAUGAGAAAUAUAGCUGCAAACUUUCCUCUAGCAAUAAAUUAAAUGUGCUGGUGUUCAUGUGGAUAUGCAUCUCUCAGUAGGGUGUAAGUUUGUGCCUUUGUUUAAACAAACUACUGGGGUACGUACUGUAACAAUGCUUACAAAACAAGUUGUAAGCAUUUUUAUGUUAAAACCCCAUUACAGACUCAUGGCUUUAUUUGCCAUAAUUGUCUGUAAUGUUUAGGAGUUAUUAUCAUAAGUCAGCUUGUUUUGUCAAUGCUGGGCUGUGUGAAUACAGAUUUAACCUUAGAAGUAACUGCUUUACACACAUCAUUAUGUUACUAUAAUCAAGCCAGCAAACAUAUGGCAUGUUCUCAUUUUGGUCCCCCGUAUAGAAACCGUUGAACUGCACUGUAUAACCACCAGCAGCAAUCUGACUAUUCUGCACUCUCAUUGCAGUAUUUACUAGCCUGACUUGCAAACUAGUAUAAAAAUGACGACACCAUACUGCGCUACUGCAUAUACAAACAGAUAUGCAGUGAAACCCAAAAUAAAGCUCCUAGGGAUGAAAAACUGUAGGUGCCAAAAAAAUAAAAAAAUGUCUGAAGAGAAACACAGAAAGAAAAGCUUAUACAAAAGGGAAUAUAUUAUUACCUAAAAGCUGGCAAACUUUUUUUUAUAUAUAAUAAAGCAUUAAACCUUAUUUUUUUGGUUACACAUCUUAAGUAACACUUAUAUUAACAA